AUGGCGACAGAAUCACAUGUAGAUAACUUUUCAAUUCACGGUAACUCGGUGAAACAAGUAUUUGAUGUGCCCAUGUCCGUAAUCAACCGACCGAUUCCAUCACAAUUGGAUAAAGAAAAGGUGGAGAAUAUGAAGACGAUUUUACAAAUACCCGAACGAGAGAAUGAGUUGACACCUAUUGAUGUACAUCAUGUAAAACACAAGGGUCAAGACUAUUACUUUGCAUUUGGAGGGUGUCAUCGUUGGGAAGCAAAUAAAGAGUUAAAAAGAGAAACAAUCAAGGCUAAAUUAAUCGAGACACCUGCUAGUGUGAUCAAGACAUAUCUUGGCUCUUCCUCACCAUUUAAGGAUUAG